UUGUCCCGCCUCCUCCGCCUUGCCCCGCCUCCUCCGCGUCUCCUCCAGCCCCUCCGUCGCUCCCUGCUCGCACCCUCGCGCCGCGCUCAGCUCUGUCAGCGCCCGGCGCACCUUGCGUCCCUGUUAGGCCUCCCGGCCGGCUUCCGCGGUCGCCAUGACGGCGGCCGUGUUCUUUGGCUGCGCCUUCAUUGCCUUCGGGCCUGCGCUGGCCCUCUACAUCUUCACCAUCGCCACCGAGCCGUUGCGCGUCAUCUUCCUCAUCAUCGGAGCUUUUUUCUGGUUGGUGUCUCUGCUGUUUUCCUCCCUUUUUUGGUUCAUGGCAAGAACCAUCACUGACAACAAAGAUGGACCAAUACAGAAAUAUCUGCUGAUCUUGGGAGUGUUGGUCUCAGUCCUUAUCCAAGAAAUGUUUCGGUUUGUGUAUUAUAAACUCUUAAAAAAAGCCAGCGAGGGUUUGAAGACUAUAAAUCCAGAUGAGACAGCACCUUCUAUGCGAUUGCUGGCCUAUGUUUCUGGCUUAGGCUUUGGAAUCAUGAGUGGAGUAUUUGCCUUUGUAAAUACCCUUUCUGACUCCUUGGGACCAGGCACAGUGGGCAUUCAUGGAGACUCUCCCCAGUUCUUCCUAAAUUCAGCUUUCAUGACGCUGGUUAUCAUAUUGCUGCACGUGUUCUGGGGUAUCAUAUUUUUUGAUGGCUGUGAGAAGAAAAAGUGGUCUGCCCUUCUUGUAGUUCUGCUGACACAUCUGCUGGUGUCUGCCCUGACCUUCAUAAGUCCUCAUUAUGGAAUAAUGGUAUCCACAUAUUUAAUCAUGGUACUCAUGGGCAUCUGGGCAGUCUUUGUUGCAGGAGGCAGCUGCCGAAGCCUGAAGCUCUGCUACUCUGCCAAGGACAAGGACUUCCUCGUUUUCAACCAGCGCUCCAGAUAACCUCUGAGAACCAGCACGUGUCAAACAGUAAGCUGCAUCUUUAGAGGAAGCACAACUGUGCCUUUUUCUAAAAAUUCCUUUUCCUGGUGGUAUUUAGAAAAAACAAAACCAUCUAGAUAAAAUAUGACAUUCAUGCCACAGCUCUCUGAAAGGGAUACAUUAGUGAGUGUGCAUGUUCCGGCCACACAUUAGACUGUCACCUGGGGAGGCAACGAAUACUAGUACCCUGGGCUCCACCUUCCACAUUAAUUGGUCUGGGCAUUUGGUAAUUUUUAAGAUUUUUAUUUAUUUGAGGAGAGGGAGGAGCAGAGUGAGAGGGACAGGCAGACUCUGCGCUGAGCGUGGAGCCUGAUGUGGGCUCAGUCUCAGGACCCUGAGAUCCUGACCUGAGCUGAAACUAAAAGUCCAACGCCAAACCGACUGAGCCACCCAGGUGCCUCUGGGCUUUGGUAAUUUUUAAAAGCUUCCCAGAUGACUAUGAAAUGCAGCCAAUUUAAGAACCAUCGGUGUCCAAAUAGGAACUUCCUGAGAACACCGUAAUGAAUAAAGUCAGGUGUUCAGCUGUCUCUCAACUCAGCUUGUGCUGAGCAGGUAAAUCUUUGAAUGUCAAAUCCUGCUUGGUGUUUGUCUUUUUAAGUCAUGAAGUCACAAAAGCUAAAGGGCUUUCAUCCCUAUUAACUGUUUUCGUGUUCUUUACUAGCACCCAAUUUUAUGAGAACAUGGCAGGUUGUGCUUCUACAUGCAAUAGUAAAUCGCACUGACUUUCUAUGAUGAUUUAGUUAGAGUAAACUAUUGAUAAACAAGCUGCAUUUUUUCUGUAGUUUUUACUCUGGAUUUUGCUUUUUGAGACAUUACAUUGUUUUUGAGCAUUGAUUCAGUUUGUUUAACCAAAAACCAAUUAUUUUCUGAUUCCUGGGUAGGUAUUAUAAACCAGGAAUUUUUGUGCAACUUAUGUAAGUCUUUCCUGGGUUUAAGGCUUUUCAUGAGCUCUGUCCCAAUACAGUGUUCACCAGCCGAGUGUGGGUAGCAGGGCAGGUUGAGGUGAAGCCUGUUCUAUCUCUGAGCAGUUCUGCCGGUUGCUGAGUGAUGUGCCCUGAGACAGACUUCACUAGAACGGUGAAAGAAUCAGAAGCAUGAGGAAAACAAGCCAGUAGAGUGAUGUUGACACUUUUAAUUUGCUCUUGUGAUACUAGCCAGCACUCCCCAGCCCCCGCCAACAAGUGAUAUAGUGUAGAAUUGGAAAUGUCUGAAACUGCCAAUUCGUGCUUUUACAAAAUCCAUAUAAUCUUUAGAUUUAGCAAAUGUCUCUGGGCUUUAGUAGCAGAUAUAACCUUCCCUUUAUAGGAAUACCCAACGCGUUUGUUCAGCUUCUAGGCAACCCUUUUGAUUUCCUUUAUAAAGAGGAAAUGCCAAUGAAUUGUGCCUUUACUAACUAGAAAUUGUUCCCCAUUGAUGGCUCUUAGAGAACAGAUGGUGCGAUAUGAAAAUUCCCUACACAUUUAGGUGAUAAGCUCAGUGGAUCCCACAUGUACAGUAGAACAUCCAGAAGAAAUAGGAGCAGCAAUGAGAGGGCUCACCAGUACCAUGACAGAUGGAAGAACUUCACACUACAGUGGUGGAGAGGAAUAAUGAACAUGUUUAAAAUGGAAAGGUGGCCAGUAUUUUCGGCUAGCUGCACAUCAUUUCAGGGGCCAGAACCUCUCACGUGAACUAGACCUUUAUCUGUGAAAUCCCUUCCCAUGGUUAAAUAACUAGAAUUGCUUAAUCUAGUGAUUCAAGAGAAAUAGGAUUUCCAGCAAGGCUGUAAAUAGUCCUUAGCAAUUACAGUUACUCUCCUAAAGUUUACUUCACAACACUGAUACCAAUGCUUCCACCAGAGUUUGUGGUUUUCUACCAUUAUACAAAAUUUUCCUUAGACUAGAAGAGUCAUAGAAAGAGUCAAGGACAGAGAGACUGACGAGUGAAAUUUACCGUGCAGGGGAACGAGAUACCUGUGGAACUGGGCUGUAUUCCUGUCGGAACAUGGUGUUCUUUGGUGGACAAAACAAGAAAAAUAUAUAGUUGGUUAUCACUGUUGACAUACAAAUCUCUUAAAUGGAUAGUCUGAUAAAAUAUUUGAUCUGUAAAGUACUAAAAAGUAUGAGAAUAUUAAUAUUACUCAUUACUACGAUCUGAGGAUGUCCUCUGUACUUAAUAUUAAGUCAAGAAGCUGGGAUACUGUAAAAAUCUCAUUUAUAAAAACUUAUCAGCAAGAGGAAAUUUUUCUUUUGGUGAGACUCUUGUCUGAGGAAAUUAUUUAAUAAUCUUUGACUCCCUAUACAUAAAGGAACUUUGUACUGCUGAUUUCUGUUAAAUGUGAGCAUUGCCAUAGUCAGUUUAGGCACUAUUUUUACAAAUAGCCCUGCUUUGCUGAUGCCAGUGGUGCCCAGAGGGAGAGUAUAGGUUUCUUCUGUUGCUGUGUAUAAACUGAGAUGCCUUUUUUUUUCCCCUCUGCAUUUUUAUCUAUGAGGAUCCUUCUGAGCCCUGAUAGUAUUUGGACAGCAGGCGGUGUUGAUAGUUUAUGCCUCCUCCACACAGUGCUUUCUCAGUUUGGAAGGAAAUGUGGGUAAAGUUAGAGUUGACCGUGGAAUGUGAAUGUUGCUGCAGUGCUUGAAUAUUUUGCCAUGUGACUAUAGAGAUUGAUUUUGUUGCUCUCUAAUAAAUUUGUAAUUAUUUUUUAAUCAUUAAGUUAGUUGUUAUAACUGGAGAAGUUUAGUUACCUCAAUCCUCGCCUGCCUGUCUCAUAAUAUAAUAGUAGCUGCCUGUUUUAGAGCAUCUAUUGAAAACGUGGCCAAAAGGAAGAGAUGAUGGUAACCACAGAUUGCAUAGAGAAUGGCUUUUGUUCUCGUUGUUCAAUUUUUUUUUUCUUAAAGCACAUUUCAGUGUUUGCUGAGAUUGGCAAAUUCACAUAAAAAAUAUUAGGUGUUCUUGUCCUUAGAGUUGGGUGCAGGAUAAGUAGUUGUGACAGGAGCUUCCUCCUACGUGUACUCCUCCCACUUUGCAUCACCUCAGACUAGCCCGGAGGUAGGGGUUAGCAGUCACUGUGGGUCUGAGGGCUCCAGGGGGGCCCAGGUGGUGGCGGCCUGUCUUAGGCAGCAGCCCCCAGCAAUCUGGGAAGAGCUCUUUGUAAGUGCUAACUUUCAUUAGUUAACUUUUUCUUGGGUCCUACAGGGUCCUAACUCCAGGUGGAAAAAGUAGAUAUCACAACAAAACAAUUUUAAAGUGCUUUGCUUAGAGCAUUUUGUUUAAGAUUGCAGUGUUUAUAGUUCUUCUAUAAUAAAAGGCGUUACUUCUAUUAAAUUCUAGUGUUUAGAGAAAUGGCGACUAUAUAUGUAUCAUUUUAUAUAAGUAUACAAUAUGUAUCAUUUUAUAUAAGUUAUGCUGUUGUGUCUAUAUACUUGUAAUAUCAGGCCUUGCAUUCAGUGCGCAAUGCAAUAGACUCUUUUCAGACCUGUGUUUUUCAGUGAACAAUAAAAGUGUUGUCUGGCA